AUGAUGCUGGCGCUACUUGUCGUUGCGAACAAUAGAUCGAUCGAGGAAAGAAAAUUCGGUGUUAAACGAUCUGUCAUGUCACGUAGAAGCAGGGCUAGGACGAUUGUCCUAAUCGGUUUGGUGUUGCUCACCGUAUUGGAUACCGUGAAUGGUAUACCAUACAAGAGAUCAUUGCUGAGAUUGUGCUCGAAGAGCUUGAGCGACGCUAUGAAUCUUGCGUGCGAAGGACGAGGAUACAACGAACCGUUCUCGUACAGCGGCGAGGAUGAUCCACAAGACUCUCAGGGUCCAGGACUCGCGGAGGAGUGUUGCUAUCAUCAGUGCACCUACUCGCAGUUACAACAGUACUGCAAGCCGGACAAGGCUAGUCCCGUGGUCACCGUAAAGCAGCCGGUCUGGAUAGAAAAAUACCCGUACCCGUCCGCGAGGCCAGCAGCCUCGUCGUCGUCAGAGGAGAGAUCGAGGUCGGACAUCGACUACGUCCACGGCACGAUUAAGUGUAGGAUCCAUGGAUCGAAGGGAUCACGAAAGAAGGGAGCUAACUUGGACCGUGACGACGACGCCGGCGGCUGCGAUGGGAGAAAUUUGCUGAGGAGGCAUCGCGGCGGACAUUGCGGCUGCAGACAUCGACGACAGAGGCGUCGUCGUCUUGGCAAGAUGUUAGAGAGGACACUAGCCGACAGAUCAUCCAAAAACGAAGUCUUUACCGGACCGGUAUCGUCAAACGGGGGUUCGUAA